AUGUUUGAAAGAAGAAUAUGCUCAUUUACUAAAAGACCAAUAGCUAGUUCAGAUAAAUCUAGUGUUCAGAUUACUCUAGCUGACAUAGAUGAAAAUGGCAGAUUAUUAGAUACAAUAUCUACUUAUGAUGUGUGUGGAGUAGUAAGAAAAAAUGGGUUAUCUGAUGGAUAUUUAACAGACAAGAUUUAUGGUGAUGACUAUUAA